AGUGUCAGUUUUUCCUCACCACCAUCUCCUUCCUAGGCACGUGGUGACAGACGAGGGACUCCAACCGGAACCGCAGAAAAUGGCGGCUGUCAGGGACGCGCCGGUGCCUACGACUAUCACGCAAGUUCGCGCCUUUCUGGGCCUAGCCUCGUACUACCAACGAUUUAUCAAGGGCUUCGCGGCGAUUGCGGGACCCCUCACAAAUCUGCUGCGCAAGGAUCAGCCGUUGAUCUGGACGCCGGAAUGCAAUCAAGCGUUUUCCACACUCAAGGCCGCUCUCAUUUCGGCUCUGGUCCUUAUAAGACCGGAUCCCGAAAAACCUUUUGUUCUCAUCACUGACUGGCAGCCAGAGGCGAUUUCGGCGAUCCUUGCCCAAGUGGAACCAAGCGGACUCGAGAGUGUGGUGGAGUAUGCGUCCAAAUCAGUGCCCGCCUGCAAGCGCAACUACGCCGCUCCAACGGGUGAAUGCUAUGCGGCUCUCUGGGGAAUCAGUCACUUUCGUGCUUACCUGUACGGGCGAAGAUUCACCCUGGUGACUGAUCAUGAACCCCUGUUGGCUCUGAAGAAGUCGAAGGAUUACUCGGGCAUAAUCGGGCGAUGGGCAACGGUGCUGCAGAGCAUGGACUUUGACAUUCGUCACCGGAAGCACGAGAGACACGGGAAUGCAGACGGACUGACACGGCUGCACCGGCUUGAGAAAGUUCCGAAGAAUAAGGAGGUGACGUGGACGGGUACUAGCGAGCAUCCCACGUGGAUCGAGAAUCCGGAGCUGCUGAUCAUACAGGCUUGGAGGACUAACGUGGAAGGAGAUCUUCUUGGCUUUCUCUUCGGAUCGCUACGGCCGGGUCAACGCCACCUGAUUGUGCAGGAGCUUAUCGCACCGAUCGUGCAAUUGGCGGACGAUCUCUCGCCCGACAUCUACUUUCAGAGUGACGACAGUCCUGCUCCGUACAUUUUCGAGCGAUCAUUGGACCCAUACCUUCAGUGGACUGCGUGCUGUGAGGAACCUAGGGACGAGGAUACGCUACCAUCGCGACAGGAGUACCUGAAGCCGUACGAAAUCAUCCCUCACGCCUUCUAUCCGAGGGCAGAGGAAGUGGUGAUCGACGACGAUGAAGAAGAAGACGACGACGAAGAAACAUCGGAGGAGGGAAGCUAUAGUGAACAUAGCGAGGGCGAGCUGAGCAAAGGAGAAGAGGAGGAAGAGGAAACCGGGUCCGAGUGGGAAGCCUUGCCGGACGAAGCGACGCGCACAGGAACGGAGGCAGACGAUCCGGAAGCGGAGCAAAAGCAUGAACAAAUUGCCACCGGGAAGCGCCAACUGGAGUUCGCCAGCCAAGCUAGCCUGCGCAUCGGCAACGAUCCGACCAGGGAUCCAGAGCCGCCGAAGCCCGAAGAUGGCGACCCUGCAGCCGCCACCUCAAGUACUGCGCAACGGAGACGGAGCCGAUCCCCCUCCUCCCCCAGCCCCACCCGUCCCCCAGUUCCCCCACGUACCGAUGCAACGUGGUAGAAGUUUACUGCAUCGCCACGGGGACAAUCCUCCCUUGCCGCCACUUCGAGA